UACCACUAAGCCCCCAGCACCUGGCACCAUGUCUGACACAUGAUUAAAAAUCAGUAUGUAUUUUUCGAGAUGAUUCUAGCAACUUCAGUAAAUUUAUGAUCUCUUCUCCAGGAUGAACGUGAUACGGCUAUAAUUCACCCACAGUUAGCCUCUUACUCAGAUCGAAGGUUGUGGCUUCCCUUGAGACAGAUGAGUCAGUGUAUUUUCAUUUGUUAGACAAGAAGUGGGUUGCCUUGUGACUGAGAUACUGCAUCAGACAGAUGGAUGGCUAGCUCGAGGUGGCCUAGAGGGAGCCAUCAGGGGUCAGAGGGGAGCAAGUCUGCACUGAGUGAGAAGCUUUCCAAUUCUGGAGCGCUUCAGAUUCAUACUUGGAUUAUAUACUUCUCAAGAGGACUCCAGCGUUGCCUGGUUUUCAAUAGCAGGGAGAAGUUGGGAUUUCUUUGGAAGACAGGGGCUGAGCUGUUCUGAAAAUACGCCAGCUAAAGCCUUGAGAAGCCAUCCACACCACAGUGUCAGAGCAGCGCUUAAAUAAUUCUGUUUAAUAUUGACUGUCACCAUCGGGAUUCUCUCACACAAGGAAAACACGUUAAACAAGAUUCCCCUCUUCUCCCUUUCACUUCAUUAAUGCAACCAGCUAUACUCAGAGAAGUCCUUUGCUGAACUCACUCCUUGGUGGUGGUAUGGACACGGCCUGCUUUGGAUCUGGGUUCUAUUGGCCCAUCUCCCAGGGAAUAUUCCUCCUUCAAUUUCUGGAGAAGGCAUCCAUGCUGCUGUGGGUGUCCCUGCUGGUGCUCGCUCCAGUCAGUGGGAAAAUUGCAGCUCCUCCCAGGCCUGUGAUUUCCCUCCAACCUCCGUGGACCCCAGUCUUCCAAGGAGAGACAGUGCUUCUGACUUGCGGUGGAUUUGGCUUCUAUGCCCCAGGCAAAACAACAUGGUACAGUAAGCUCAGUGAGAAAGAAACCCCAGGAAACACCCUCAAGGUUCAUACUUCCGGACAGUACAGAUGCCAGACCCAGGACUCACCCCCCAGCAGCCCUGUGUACUUGCAAUUUUAUUCAGCCUCCCUCAUUCUACAGUCCCCACACUCUGUGUUUGAAGGUGACACGCUGGUUCUGAGAUGUCAGAAGCGAGGGAAAGAGAAGCUGAUGGCCGUGAAAUACUUCCUCAAUGGAAACUUUCUUUCUCAUUCUAAUGAGAGCUUGCAGUUUUUGAUCCCACGAGCAAGUUCAAAAAACAGUGGCUCUUAUACAUGCAUUGGCUAUGAGGACAAAAAAUAUCUACUUAAAUCAGCUAACAAAAUUAUCCGAGUUCAAGAGCUCUUUCCUCUUCCGAAGCUGAAAGCCACAGCCUCCCAGCCUACCGACGGGAAUCCUGUCAACCUGAGCUGUCACACCCAGCUUCAUCCAGAGCGGCUGCACACUCCACUUCACUUCAGCUUUUUCAGAGACAAAGGGGUCAUCCUGUCCAACUGGAGCAGGUCCCCAGAACUCCAGAUACCAAGCGUCUGGAGCGAGGACUCAGGACGGUACUGGUGUGAGGCCAGAACGGCGAACCUCAGUGUGCGCAAGUGCAGCCUCCCGCUACGGAUCCAGGUGCAGAGAGUGCCUGUGUCUGGAGUCCUCAUGGAGACCCGACCUCCAGGGGGGCAGGCAGUUGAAGGGGAGAAGCUGGUCCUUGUCUGCUCCAUGGCUGAGGGCACAGGAGACACCACGUUCUCCUGGCACAGGGAGAACAUGAAUGAGACAGUAGGGAGGACAUCUCAGCGUUCCCAGAGAGCAGAGAUGCAGAUCCCUGUUAUCAGUGAGAGCGAUGCUGGGGAAUAUUACUGUGCAGCUGAUAACGGCUUCGGCCCCAUUCAGAGCGAGGUCAUGAACAUCACUGUGAGAAGGACUGUAAGGAACAGAAGUGACCUUAUUGCUGCAGGAAUCGCUGGGGGGCUGCUAGGGAUCCUUCUUCUGCCCGUGGCUCUGCCAUUUUACCUCUGGCUUUCAAGGAAAUCAGGAGAUGGUUCUCUGGGAGACACAACCAGGACCCUUCCCACCCCAGUACCAGGACAGCCUCCUUACUCCACCAGCCCCGUCCCAGUGGAACCACAGCCGUGGUAUGAAAACGUGCACCACAGAGAAGGUAACUCGCUCUAUUCUGAGAUCCAGAUUUUUCAGCUGGGAGAAGAGGAAGCCAAUACCGCCAGGACAUCAUCAAAGUACAAGGAUGCCUCAGUUGUCUACUCUGAGGUGAAGACACAGCUCCCAGAUGACUCAGCUGGACAGGUCAUCUCUAAGGAUGAAGAAUCCAUGGAUAGCUAUGAGACUAUCACACUCAAGAGACUUGCCCCCAAUCCAGAGUCCCAGACCCAGUGCAGUUCUCAGGAGCUUACAUUCUAAACAGGGGUCGCUAACUAGUUCCAACCUUCCAAUUCUUUUCACCUAUGUGCAUUCAAUCCCAAGACUCCUAAUUCAUCAACUUCAAAAUGAUGAUGGGAUGGCCCCCAGAAGACUUUGCUACAAUGAUCAGGAUCCACAGUUAAAGGAAGACCCUCUGUACCCAUUCUGGGUCUGACCCAAUGUACUCUAGGAUCCAAUUUAGGGAAGAGGAAUAAGGAGGGAGAAAGGCUGUUCUUUAAAAAUAGAAGCACAAAUUUUGGAGAAUUGAGCUUUGAACAGAAACAGAAAAGAUUAAAUGACCAGGGUUUCUGUCCCUUAAAUCUAUAACAAUCCUCUCACUGAAGAAUCAUCUGCAUCAAUUGGUCUAAGUGUGAGUCUGUGAGUGGCACCCCAUAGUAAACUAGGUUCUGCACAUACAAUGUGUACCCUCUUCCUUGUACUAUCAGGUUUCAGUUGUGGACAAAACAAUCCACUCCAAAUGGUUUACAGAGGAAGGAAUUUAAAAUAAGAUAAUAGGUCCUUUACAAAAUUAUCAAAAGAUAGAAGCAGGCUCUAGGCUGAACUUCAGGAAACAAGUGAUUCUAUUAAUGUCAUCAGGAACCAAGAAUUUUAGCAUUAAAGAAAAGAAAAACAAAUAUAAAAUAUAAAACUUAAGUCAUAGGAGGUAGAGCCACGAUGGUGGAAUAGACAAAUACUUCCAGCAAGCCCUCUUUACAAUAAAGACCCCCCCCAAAAAAAGUGAAAGGAGUAUAUUUAUGACAAACUAGGAGCCCUGAGCACCAAAGGCAAGCUUAGAAAACGAACAGAGGGGCAGGGGGAGGAAGAGACGGUACAUGAGCGGAGAGGAGUUACCAGCCCUGAACUGUGGGAACCCCUCAGGUACCAUUCCCGGAGUGGCAGCAGCGGUGGGCUGGUACUAGCAUUUGGCCACAGUUUGCUCAGGGAGAAGCAGACAGCCACACAGCUUACUCACACCUCUGGAACCAGAGAAGAACGGCGCUCUCAGCAAAAGCUAAGUACUUGUGUAUAUUUUACCAUGCCCCCCAACCCCCAAGCCAGCUUCAGCGGCUGAAUUCCCUGGGUCUGAGAUAGGCACUGUUGAGCACCUACAGCCAUCCUCCCAGCCUUGGAGGAGGAAAAAAUUUGCAGUCAGGGGAAAAGAUAAUUUGCCAGCUCCACUAACUGGGGGAGCUCAGUACAGAAGCAGCUCCUAUCCAGACAUAAAUGGUCCAUGGACUUUGAGCACCUUUCCCUUCUGCAUGGACCUGUGUGGGCCUAUUUCAGGAGAAUAGGCCCUUGUUGGCAGACUCCAACCAUUUCAGCUGUGCAGCGGAGAGGUGGGUGUUUGAUAUUUGACAUUGCUUUGCCUGUUAAACAGGGUCUUCACCUACCCACAUCAGGGACCUGAGGACUGGUAGCUCCACUCAGGUCACCCAGGCACCCGGGACGGGGGUCCAAGGUUAGCUGGUACCUCCUAGUUCUUACAACCAAAAGCAUUGGGUGCCCAUGGUGCAUCUGCAGAACCCACCCACCUGCACACUUUAGGGAACAGGGACGUGCUUUCCUCAGAGACACUUGGGUGUCGGUUCUCAGCCCCCUGCCUUGUUAAGAGUGUGACCCCCUGCUGCAAUCAAAUACUGGUACGUACACCAAUCACCCCUCCCCCUUUAAGGCUGUAGGACAGAGCCUGUACCACACACUUGAUGAUCAGCUACCUGGACACCUGAGCUGAAUUCAUACAAGAAAAGUGAAUGGACUCCUAAAGACUGAUAUACCAGAUAACAGCUCUAGCCAUCUGGGGACAGAAUGUUAGAGCUCCAAAGGUGAAAAUAAUCAAGCUAGCUCACUCAAUCAACCCAUGUGGGCAUAUCAAAACAAAACAAAGCAAGAAACUACGACACAGUAAGCAAGCGUAAACUAAUACAAUAACUCAUAGAUGGCUCAGAGACAAUAGUCAAUAUCAAGUCACAUAAAGAAACAGACCAUGAUCACCUCAACAAGCUCUCAAAACAAAGAAUCCAGGGAUCUUCUAGAUGAAAGUGCAUUCCUGGAAUUACCAGAGCCAGAAUACAAAAGUUUAAUAUACAGAACCCUUCAAGACAUCAGGAAGGAAAUGAGGCAAUAUGCAGAGCAAGCCAAGGAACACACAGAUAAAGCAACUGAAGAAAUUAGAAGGCUUAUUCAGGAACAUGAUGAAAAAUUUAACAAGCUGGAAAAAUCCAUAGACACACAGCGAUCAGAAAUUCAGCAGAUUAACAAUAAAAUUACAGAAGUAGACAACUCAAUAGAAAGUCAGAGGAGCAGUAUUGAGCAAGUAGAAGCCAGAAUUUCUGAACUUGAAGAUAAAUCACUUGGCACUAAUAUAUUUGAAAAAAAAAUCAGAUAACAUAAUUAAAAAAGAUGAAGAAAGCUUAAGAUUCAUGGGGGACUCUAUCAAGAGAAAUAAUCUACGAGUGAUUGGAGUACCAGAACAAAGAGGAAUAACAGAAAAUACAGAGAGAAUUCUUAAAGAUUUGUUGGCAGAAAACUUCCCUGAUAUCGUGAAAGAUGAGAUGAUCUCUAUCCAGGAUGCUCAUUUGAACAGAAACAGAAAAGAUUAAAUGACCAGGGUUUCUGUCCCUUAAAUCUAUAACAAUCCUCUCACUGAAGAAUCAUCUGCAUCAAUUGGUCUAAGCGUGAGUCUGUGAGUGGCACAUAAUGAAGAUAUUAAAAGAAAGUCACCAAGAUAUAUUAUAUUCAAACUUGCCAAAACCAAAGAUAAAGAGAAUUUUAAGAGCAGCAAGGGAUAAAUGAAAAGUCACCUACAAAUAAGAGCCAAUAAGAAUAAGCUUGGACUAAUUGGCAGAAACCAUACAGGCAAAAAGGCAAUGGGAUGACAUAGUUAAAAAAAUUGGACAAAAAAAAAUUGCCAGCCAAGAAUCCUAUAUACAAUAAAGUUGUCUCCUAAAUAUGAAGGUAAAAUUAGGACAUUUCCACAUAAACAGAAGUUUAAGGAAUUUGUAAAAACCAAAUCAAAACUACAAGAAAUACUAAAGAGAGUUCUUUGGUUAGAAAAUCAAGAAUAUCAGGUAUCAACCCAAGACUAGAACACUGGGCAGAGCAAUCAGAAGUCAACCCAGACAGGGAAAUAAAAAAAAAACACAGCCAGAUUUAAAAAAAAGCUCAAAACAGGGUAACAGCAAUCGUAUUAUAAAAAAGAAGACAACAUUAAAACAAUAAAGAGGGACUAAGAAAUGUAAUCAUAGAUCUUCCAUAUGGAGAGGAAGAUAUGGCAAUACAAAGAAAUAAAAGCUAGGUUUAAAUUUAGAAAAAUAAGGGUAAAUAAUAAGGUAACCACAAAGGAGACAAACUGCCCUACUCAUCAAAAUAAAAUACAAGAAAAAAAUAGAGACUCAGCAGAAACAAAAUCAACAACAAUGAAUAUGAGGAAAGAACAAUAUAUAUAGAAAAUCUGCUCGGCACAUAAAAUUAACGGGGAAAAAGAAACUGUCAACAAUACACAAAAAAGACAUCAAAAUGGUAGCACUAAAUUCAUACUUAUCCAUAAUUACACUGAAUGUAAAAGGACUAAAUGUACCAAUAAAGAGACAGAGAGUGGCAGAAUGGAUUAAAAAACACGAUCUGUCUAUAUGCUGCCUACAAGAGACACACCUUAGACUUAGAGACACAAAGUAAAACUCAAAGAAUGGAAAAAAAAUAUAUCAAGCAAACAACAAUCAAAAAAAAAAGCAGGAUUGGCAAUAUUAAUUUCUGACAAAACAGACUUUAAAGUUAAAUCCAUCAGAAAGGAUAAGGAAGGACACUAUAUAAUGAUUAAAGGGGCAAUACACCAAGAAGAUAUAACCAUAUUAAAUAUUUAUGCACCCAAUGACAGGGCUGCAAGAGACAUAAAACAAACUAUCAGCAUUGAAAAGUGAGAUAGACAGCUCCACAAUAAUAGUAGAAGACUUCAACACACCACUUUCAGUGACAGACAGGACAUCCAGAAAGAAGCUCAAUAAAGACAUGGAAGAUCUAAAUGCCACAAUCAUAGACUUGACCUCAUAGACAUAUACAGAACACUCCACCCAAGAGCAGCCAAGUGUGCUUUCUUUUCUAGUGCACAUGGGACAUUCUCUAGAAUAGACCACAUAUUAGGUCAUAAAGCAAGCCUUAGCAGAAUCCAAAACAUUGAAAUAUUACAAAGCAUCUUCUCUGACCAUAAGGCCAUAAAAGUGGAAAUCAAUAACAGAAAAAGCAGGGAAAAGAAAUCAAACACUUGGAAACUGCUCAAAAAAGACUGGAUUAUAGAAGACAUUCAGGAUAAAGAAAUUCAGAGAAUCCAAUGAGAAUGAAAACACUUCCUAUCAGAACCUUUGGGACACAGCAAAAGCAGUGCUCAGAGGUCAAUUUAUACGAACAAAUGCACACAUCCAAAAAGAAGAAAGGGCCAAAAUCAAAGAAUUAUCCCUACAACUUGAACAAAUAGAAAGAGAGCAACAAAAGAAACCCUCAGACACCAGAAGAAAACAAAUAAAAAUUAGAGCUGAACUAAAUGAAAUAGCAAACAGAAAAACAAUUGAAAGAAUUAACAAGACCAAAAGCUGGUUCUUUGAAAAAAUCAACAAAAUUGAUAAGCCACUGGUCAAACUGACAAAAGAAAAACAGAAGAGGAAGCAAAUAACCCAAAUAAGAAAUGAGAUGGGCGACAUUACAACAGACCCAACUGAAAUUAAAAGAAUCGUAUCAGAUUACUAUGAAAAAUUGUACUCUAACAAAUUUGAAAACCUAGAAGAACUGGAUGAAUUCCUAGAAACACACUACCUACCUAAACUAACACAAACAGAGGUAGAACAACUAAAUAGACCCAUAACAAAAGAAGAGAUUGAAAAGGUAAUCAAAAAAAUCCCACCAAAAAAAAAAAACGCCCUGGCCCAGAAGGCUUCACUGGAGCAUUCUACCAAACUUUCAGAGAAGAGUUAACACCACUACUACUAAAGGUAUUUCAGAGCAUAUAAAUAGGAUGGAAUACUACCAAACUCAUUCUAUGAAGCCACCAUAUACCUGAUGCCAAAACCAGGUAAAGACACCAUAAAAAAAGAAAAUUACAGACCUAUAUCCCUCAUGAACUUAGUUGCAAAAACCCUCAACAAAAUUCUAGCCAAUAGAAUUCAACAACACAUCAAAAAAAUAAAUCACCAUGUCAAGUGGGAUUCAUACCAUGUACACAGGGAUGGCUCAACAUUAGAAAAACAAUUAAUGUAAUCAAUCACAUAAAUAAAACAAAAGACAAAAAUCAUAUGAUUUUAUCAACUGAUGCAGAAAAGGCAUUUGACAAAGUUCAACACCCAUUCAGGAUAAAAACUCUCAGCAAAAUAGGAAUAGAGGGAAAAUUCCUCAACAUGAUAAAGGACAUUUAUACAAAGCCAACAUCAUCCUAAAUGGAGACAUCCUGAAAGCAUUCCCCUUGCGAUCGGGAACAGACAAGGAUGCCCUUUAUCACUACUCUUAUUCAAAAUUGUGCUGGAGGUCCUAGCCAGAGCAAUUAGGCUAGAUAAAGAAAUAAAGGGCAUCCAGAUCGGCAAGGAAGAAGUAACAUUAUCUCUAUUUGCAGACAACAUGAUCUUAUACACAGAAAACCCUAAGGAAUCCUCCAGAAAACUACUGAAACUAAUAGAAGAGUUCAGGAGAGUAUCGGGAUACAAGAUAAACAUACAAAAAUCAAUUGGAUUCCUCUACACCAACAAAAAGAACUUCAAAGUGGAAAUCACCAAAUCAAUACCAAUUACAGUAGCCCCCAAGAAGAUAAAAUACUUAGGAAUAAAUCUUACCAGAGAUGUAAAAGACUUAUACACUUCUACAAGAAACCAAAAGAGACCUACAUAAGUGGAAAAACUUACAUUGCUCAUGGACAGAAGACUUAACAUUAUAAAAAUAUCCGUUCUACCAAAAGCGAUCUAUACAUUUAAUGUAAUUCCGAUCCAAAUUCCAACGACAUUCUUCAAUGAGAUGGAGAAACAAAUCACCAAAUUCAUAUGGAAAGGAAAGAGGCCCCAGAUAAGUAAAGCAUUACUGAAAAAGAAGAACAAAGUGUGAGGCCUUACUCUACCUGAUUUUAGAAGCUAUGAUACCGUCACAGCAGUCAAAACAGCCUGGUACUGGUACAACAACAGAUACAUAGACCAAUGGAACAGAAUUGAGAAUCCAGAGAUAAAUCCAGCCACAUAUGAGCAGUUGAUAUUUGACAAAGGCCCCAAAACAGUUAAAUGGGGAAAAGACAGUCUUUUUAACAAAUAGUGCUGGCAUAACUGGAUAUCCACCUGCAAAAAAAUGAAACAAGACCCAUACCUCACUCCGUGCACAAAAGCUAACUCAAAAUGGAUCAAAGACCUAAAUAUAAAAUCUAAAAUGAUAAAGAUCAUGGAAGAAAAAAUAGGGACAACGUUAGGAGCCCUAAUACAUGGCAUAAACAUUAUUAAGAAUGCAGAAGAAAAACUAGAUAACUGGGAGCUCCUAAAAAUACAACACCUAUGCUCAUACAAAGACUUCACCAAAAGAGUAAAAAGAUUACCUACAGACUGGGAAAAAGUUUUUAGCUAUGACAUUUCCAAUCAGCACCUGAUCUCUAAAAUCUACGUGAUACUGCUAAAACUCAACUGCAAAAAGACAAAUAACCCAAUUAAAAACGGGUGAAAGAUAUGAACAAACACUUCACUAAAGAAGACAUUCAGGUAGCUAACAGAUACAUGAGGAAAUGCUCAUGAUCAUUAACCAUUAGAAAAAUGCAAAUCAAAACUACAACGAGAUUUCAUCUCACUCCAACAAGUUGGCAUUAAUCCAAAAAACACAAAACAGUAAAUGUUGGAGAGGCUAUGGAGUGAUUGGAACACUUCUACACUACUGGUGGGAAUGUAAAAUGGCACAACCACUUUGAAAGUCGAUUUGGCGCUUUCUUAAAAAGCUAGAAAUAAAACUACCAUACAAUCCUGCAAUCCCACACCUCAGAAUAUAUCCUAGAGAAAUAAGAGCCUUUACAAGAACAGAUAUGUGCACACCUAUGUUCAUUGCAGCACUGUUUACAAUAGCAAAAAGAUGGAAGCAACCAAAGUGCCCAUCAAUGGAUGAAUGGAUAAAUAAAUAAACGGAUAAAUAAACAAGGUAAUUAUGAGCCCAAGAGACAGAAAGGGCCACAGGAACCAGAGACUACAUCAUCCUGAGGCCCGAAGAGCUAGAUGGUGCCCAACUACAACCGAUGACUGCCCUGAGAGGGAACACAACAGAGAACCCCUGAGGGGGCAGGAGAGCAGUGGGAUACAGACCCCAAAUUCUCAUAAAAAGACCAGACUUAAUGGUCUGACUGAGGCUAGAAGGACCCCAGUGGUCAUGGCCCCCAGACCUUCUGUUGGCCCAGGAGAGGAACCAUUCCCGAAGCCAACUCUUCACACAGGGAUUGGACUGACAAUGGGUUGGAGAGGGAUGCUGGUGAGGAGUGAGCUUCUUGGAUCAGGUGGACACUUGAGACUAUGUUUGGCAUCUCCUGCCUGGAGGGGAGAUGAGAGGGUGGAGGGGGUUAGAAGCUGGCGAAAUGGACACGAAAACAGAGAGUGGAGGGAGGGAGCGGGCUGUCUCAUUAGGGGGAGAGUAAUGGGGAGUGCGUAGCAAGGUGUAUAUGGGUUUUUGUAUGAGAGACUGACUUGAUUUGUAAACUUUCACUUAAAGCACAAUAGAAAUUAAAAAAAAAAAAUUAACAGCCCUGCAAUCUUAAAUUUGAAUUGGAAAUAUUGGUAUGACCUCAUGAUAAACUCUGCCUUUUUAAAUUAUACAUGUAUUUCCUAGUUCUGUCCUCUGAAAAGACCUGGAAACAGUGACUAAUCCGGUAGCAAUGAGCACCUCUUGCAGAGAUUGUAGCCUCUAAAUACCAUUUCCUGCUCAAAGGAAAUAGAGCUACCUUUCUUGUAGGAACUACAUCUUUGAGUUACCAGAUAGUUGAUGUGAAAAAAAAAAAAAAAAAAUUCUGUCUUGAUUAAUU